AUGGACGCGUUAGCUACACCCACGGCUGGGAGUCUCGACGAGCAAGGCGAGACACUGUCGCAGGAAAAAGAGGGUGUCCACUAUAUAAAGGGCAAGGAUACCUUAGUGAAACACACUGGCAAACGAAGAUCCUAUUAUGGUCCGAUUGAGAACGACGAGGAACGCUUCAAGGUUCUCGACUCCGCAUUUGAGCAAGGGUGCACUUUCUGGGACUCGGCAGACCUGUACGGCGACAGCGAGGAGUUGGUCGGGAAAUGGUUCAAGCGCACUGGCAAGCGAGACCAGAUCUUCAUUGCCACUAAGUUCGGGUUCACAUCGAAUGGAAUAAACGGCAAGCCCGAAUAUGUGAAGGCUGCAUGCGAGAAGUCUCUCAAUAGACUAGGAAUCGAGACGAUCGACUUGUACUACUUGCACCGAGCUGAUCAGACGGUUCCUAUCGAGAAGACUGUUGGAGCGAUGGCUGAGCUCGUCAAGGAAGGCAAGGUCCGACACAUUGGUCUCUCUGAAGUCAGCGCCACCACCCUCCGUCGGGCACAUGCCGUACACCCCAUCGCAGCCUUGCAAGUGGAAUACUCGCCAUUCUUCCUCGAUAUCGAAGACGAGAAGAUCGCUCUCCUCAAAACAUGCCGUGAGCUUGGUGUGAAGAUCGUCGCGUACUCACCUCUUGGAAGAGGAAUGUUGACGGGCACUUACAAAUCAUUUGCCGAUAUCCCUGAUGACGAUUGGAGGAAGACCAUCCCUAGGUUCAACGAAAACAAUUUUCCGAACAUCCUGAAGCUUGUAGAGGGCCUGCAGAAUCUCGGCAAGAAGCACAAUGCGACCGCUGGCCAAGUUACACUCGCGUGGCUGCUCGCGCAAGGAGACGACGUCAUCCCUAUCCCGGGUACAAAGAAGAACAAGUACCUGAAGGAGAACUUGGAUGCAGUGAAGAUCAAGCUCAGCCCCGAGGAGGUCGCGGAAGUCAGGAGGAUCGCAAACGAGGCGGACGCGACAGUGGGCGACAGGUAUCCGCCCGACUCGAUGAGCGUCCUCUUCGCGGACACUCCGGAAUUGUGA